CUGGACCCGUGACGGUGAUGAUGAUUGACACAACGGAACUCAUAGCUAAUUGCGCACGCACGUGAUCCACCUUAACGUUCUUCAUCUGUGCAUGUCUCAAGAUCCUUGUGUGAUGAACCGCAAAAGGGAAAAGGUGAAAUUUACAUGGUUUCAUAAGGCUGUGGAUUCCCCCAGAAAGCUUAUGAAGAACAGUGUGGGUGUGGCACAACCCACAUGCUGGGAUGGAGCUGGGCAGGAUGAUGCUGUGAGCGAGGAUGGGCCUGCCUUGAACACAUCCACUGGGUCAGCCGGACUGGGUGAAAUGGAAAACAUGCGACUUAGCACACCACAGAAACAAACAGCACGGAUUAUAGUUACGCCCAAAACACGCUUAAAGAUGACUGGAUGCCACAAGUCUUUGAAGAAAAGACUCAGUCUUGGAGAGGGUGCUGCUUUGGGCACUACACCUCCUGCUGAUAGGAAACGCAGCAGUCCCGAGGAGGGGUUAAAGGUAAUUUACCUUAAAGCCUUGAGUGACGUGAUGGGGAAUGUAGAGAAAAAGUCAUCCAGCGAUGGGUUUAAGAAGCCGCCUUCUCGGAAGACUCCUGACAAACCUGUGAAGGCACAGGAGGAAAACAAGUCUGUGGAUGUCCAUGGCUGCUGCUCAUUCAAUGAGAAGAAUCCUCCUCUGCUGGAGUCCAUAGACUCUGAAGAUGACCAGACUGAAAUAAAAUCAGACACUAGGACUGUGAUCUUAAAGCGGUCAGAAUCGCCAGAUUGGUCGGAUGUCGAGGACCCGGAGCAAGUUGAAGUCUUCUCCCAAGAAGAAUUCCUUGAGCCAAAGCUGCAGCGAAAAGCCCAUGAGUGUCUGGAUACACUUCCACCAUUGGAAUACAUGCCUUCACGUGCCUUUAUGCCUUCAGAAUUCCCCCAAAACCUCUGGGAACUGGAAUCUCGGGAACACCGAUGUAAAGUAGUUGAUUCUAGCCGUAACCCUCCUGCCAGGGAGAUUUUGUCAAAGCAUUCAACACCAUACACAGCCUCUGCUCUUGAACCUACUGAGAACUAUUUGCGUUGUAGCACGCCUAGAGGUUCCCCUUAUUUACAGCAGUCAGUCAUCAGCGCCUCUUCUUCUCCACUGUCUGAUUCCUUCCUUGUACCCGACAGGACACACAGAAUCAUAUCCUCUGCCCCAUCUACACCCGCAAACUGUAGUUUUUUACCUCUUUCUAGACGGAGGAUUUCAGAGUCAAACGCGUACGCAUCCUUACAGACUUAUCCUGCUACGGAUGAUGCCACCCGCAGGGUGUCGGUUGGCUCGGAACCCCUUUGGCUGCCAGACUACUCCGAUGCAGACGUUGGAUUUUUCGACACGCAUUGUCACCUUGACAUGCUUUACGGGAAACUGGGUUUCCAGGGAAGUUUUCAAAGAUUUCAGACCGAGUAUGCAAGUAGUUUCCCAAUGGAGUUUAAGGGUUGCAUUGCGGACUUCUGUAACCCACGAAUUACACAGAAAGAUGCCAUCUGGGAGGGACUUUUAGGAGAGGAGAAAGUGUGGGGGGCUUUUGGUUGCCACCCCCAUUUUGCCAAGGAGUACAACCAGACUCAUGAACAAAGCAUCAUGGGUGCCCUGCGUCACCCUAAGGCCAUCGCAUUUGGAGAGAUCGGUCUGGAUUACUCGCAUAAGAAUUCUACUGACUCAAAGAAACAGAAAGAGGUGUUCAAGCGGCAGUUGCAGUUGGCCGUGUCACUUGGAAAACCUCUUGUUAUACAUUGCCGUGAUGCUGAUGACGACUUGCUGACAAUUAUGAAGAAGUGUGUUCCCCGAGACUACAAAAUACAUCGACACUGUUUCACCAACAGCUACUCUGUGAUUGAGCCGUUCCUAAAGGAAUUCACAAAUUUGUGCGUGGGUUUCACUGGACUGAUCACAUACUAUCGUGCUUUGGAGGCUCGGGACGCCGUGAGAAAAAUUCCACUCAACAGAAUCUUACUGGAAACAGAUGCACCGUAUUUCCUACCUAGACAGGUGCCCAAGUCUAUAUGCCGGUUUGCUCAUCCUGGUAUGGGCAUACACACACUACAUGAGAUCAGCUUGCUGAAGGGAGUGCAAUUACCCACAGUUCUGCAAACAGUCCGUCAGAACACUAAACAUAUAUAUGGUCUGUAACUGACAGCUCCAUUUCAGUACCUUAUACCCCUGCUUCUGUACGCCUUUUGCAUUUAAACCUGUUAGCAAAUGUUUGGCAAGCUUAGUCCUGCAUCAGUUGGUCAGAUAAAUAGUCUGUUAUUAAGUACAUGAUUUCUUUGACAUUUUCUUGGGUGUAUAUAACACUGUCCGGAAAACCGUUUUCAACAGUUUAAAUUCCUGUGUAAUAUAGUUUGUUAGUAAGUGCAGCGCUUUUGCAGUUUCUUGCGUUGUUGUGGAAAUUUCACAUCUGUUAUUCAUUUUAAAACCUUGUUAGUUUUAAUAUUGUUGUCUCAGUUCUUGGGUUUUGUUUAAUUCGUCCACUUACAUUCUUAAAAGUUAUGUAUGCAUGUUUGACAUGAGUGACAUAAAAUGCCUACUUGUGUCUUCUGCUGUAUUAUAAUUAUAUAAUUUUUUCUAAGCGUCAUCACGUAAAUGUUUAUAUAAACAAAAUAAGUAUAACCGAUUGCGAGAAACCAAAACCAAAAAUUGUACGAAGUUGUUGGUUUUAUAUAAAUGUAACUUUUUCCAAAGCUGAAAUAUUAAA